AUGACACGUGAAAGAUAUCAACAUCUUGCACCGUCAUCGAAAGUGGCUACAGAAAAUCGUCUUCGCUUCUUUGGGCACAUAUUAAGGAGACCAACAGAUCGCCUUGUUCCUGAGGAGUUUGUCGGGUUCGAGCUGAAAGAGGCCACCUGGCCAAAAACGGAAGUUCUGGAACCCUCGCAGAAGAUUGAGAAGGUUGGGCAGAACUAUGUUCAAGGACUGCUCACCUCGGCGAAGAUGUGGGUAAUUCCGUCAGGCGAUGACAUCUGCCGUCGAUUAGAUCAAGUUAAACGAUAG